AUGCAACGUUUGAGAAGAAUGAUUAACAACAGUGACAGUGAUGAUAGUGAAGAUGAAACCUAUGUUGUAAGACGUCCAAGGUGGAUAAAAGAAAGGAAUAAUUAUUUUUAUGACUAUGAUGACGAAGAUUUUAGGAUAAGAUUUCGGUUAUCUAAAGCAGCAGCUCAUAAUCUUUUGAUCAAAAUUGAAGAUCAUUUGGAAUUUAUAUCUGAGAGGAAUCAAUCAAUUUCUCCGAUCAAUCAGCUUUUGGCAACACUAAGAUUUUAUGCUACGAAUAAUUCACAAUUAACGAUCGGUGAUUUUAGUGGGCUCAGCACACCUACAGCACAUAGAAUAAUACAUAGAGUUAGUGCUGCCAUAGCGUCAUUGAACCACGAGUACAUAAAAUUUCCAAAUACUCAACAGGAAAUUCGGCAAAAUCAAAGGGAGUUUUAUGGUAUUGCAAGAUUCCCUAGAGUUAUAGGGGCAAUGGACUGCACACAUGUCAGAAUUUCUUCACCCGGGGGUGAUCAGGCAGAACUUUUUAGAAACCGAAAAGGCUAUUUUUCUAUUAAUGUCCAGACUAUAUGUAAUGCAAAUUUGGAAAUUAUUGAUAUUGUCGCAAGAUGGCCUGGGUCAGCACAUGACAGUACCAUAUUUAAUAAUUGCUGCCGUAAAGCAAAAUUUGAAGCUGGUGAUUAUGGUGAAGGAAUUUUACUUGUAGAUGGGGGAUAUGCUGCUACAUCCUAUUCUAUGCCCCCACUAGAGAAUCCUGGAACAGCAGUAGAGCAACUGUACAACGAGUCGCAGAUCAGGACAAGAAACGCUGUUGAAAGGUCUUAUGGGGUUUGGAAACAAAGAUUUCCAAUACUAGCUUUAGGACUACGAGUUAAAUUAGACAAGGCCUUGGUUAUAAUUAUAGCAACAGCGGUACUGCAUAACAUAUUGCGUCAACGAGGAGAAACAGUUCCACCUGAUGAUCCAGCUUUGAUUCUUCCAGCACCUUGGGAGGCGCUCUUACAAAACGGACAAAUAAGUUGUGAACGAUCAAGUACUCCUCAGCGAAGUAGAGCCAGAGAACUCCUAAUAAACAAUCACUUUAGGAAUCUUAUUUAG